CACGUUGAAAGUCUUCCGUGUGUUCACUUGGGAUGAGAACACACUCGCGGAGUCCUGCACUUAAAUGAAGGGAUGUUGCGGCGUCCCAAGCCAACCGACUCGGAGGCAGACCUCCUGAGAGAGCAGGAGCGGUUUCUGACCUCUGGUGCCCCAUCUGCUGCUAAUGUGGUCCGCCGUCCUGACAAGAGGAGAGGCGAGGCUGGUGUGGGCGGAGGAGAACACAACGGGGAGACUGGAGCACGUGAGAGGGAUGUGGUUUCCAUAGAAGAUCUUCCAGACCAGCUCCCCUCUCUGACUCCAGCGCCACCGAAGAAAUCUCGCUUCAAAGCCAGUCGUGUCACCUUCGAGGAUGAGGAUCCUGGGGAGAGGCUGGACAGGCACGACACUCACAUCAGUGCUGUUCUCUCUAGGAUUGUUGAGAGAGACACAAGUUCAACACCAAUAUCUUUACCAGCAUUUACUGGUGUGGCUUUCCCCAAAGUAGUUCACCGCUCAGAAAACAACAGUCAGGCACCUCUGUCUUCAGUUGGAGGAAAGAAAAGCAUCUUUGCUCGUCAGAUUGCAGCUCAAAGACUGAAGGAAGCGAAGACGCUGUUACAUUGUUCUACUGAAUCUGCUCAAACACCUGAAACAAGGCAGCAGAAUCGUCCUCCUGAGACUAGUAUGGAGACAGAACCACCUCUGGUCUCUGGUCCGAGGUUGGUGUCUGGUCAGGGUCUUGGGGGACCUGAUAGCUCAGGAGAAACCAUGAGGAUUCACAGGGAGAACCAGGCCAGACUCCAGACGAUGUCUCAGUCUGAGAUCGUGGAGGAGCAGAAGAAACUCUUAACUCAGCUUGAUCCGAGACUCGUGGAGUUUGUUAGAUCUCGCAAAGACCAGCGCGUCCCGUCUUCAGCACCCCCAUCCAAACACAUUGAAACUGGGAGCAGUGAGUCAGGCUCCUCCAGCAACGCUGCGUUGUUUGAGAAACCUCUAGAGGUGGAGAUGGAAGGAGAGGAGGAGGAAGAGGAGGAGGAAGUGCCGUCAUCUAUAACAGAAGAAGAUCUGCCAGUAAAGCCUCAGAAAGAGUGGGUCCAUAUGGAUAAGCUGGAGCCAGAGAAGCUGGAGUGGAUGAGAGAUUUGCCCGCACCACGAAGGAAAGGAACCAAGAAGGCCAUGCAGGCUCGUUUUGACUUUGCCGGGAGGUUGAUACCACCCACUAAGGAUCUGCCCACUCACCUGGGUUUGCACCAUCAUGGAGAGGAGCCAGAGCGGGCAGGUUACUCCCUGCAGGAGCUCUUCUUGUUGUCUCGGAGUCAGGUGAUCCAGCAGAGGAGUCUGGCCCUCGGCACUUUAGCCAACAUCCUCUCAAAGGCACGUGCUGGAGAAUACCUGUCCCUUCUCAACAGCAGCAUGACGGCGACUUUGCUUGACGCCGGCCUGCUCUUCUUGCUCCGCUUUGCCUUGGACGACGGCGUGGAAGGAGUGAUGUCUGCGUCUGUGCAUGCACUGAAAGCACUUCUCGUGUGUGCAGAAGACGAGGAGUGUUUGGAUUACACCUUCUCCUGGUUUUGUGGUCUGGCCACCUUCCCUCUGCUGCCAUCUGCUCAGGAGGAAGAAGAUGAGGAGGAUGAAGGGCUGGAUGAAAUUAUGAAGGAGACGGCCAAGGAGAAGGAAGAGAGGAAGAGUGAUCAUGAUGUGGCCCAACAGGAUGUUGUCAAGGGUCUGCUUAAAAUGAAACUGCUCCCCAGGUUACGUUACAUCCUCGAGGUGAUGCGACCAUCUCCCCGAGUGGUCCAGGAUGUCCUGGGCAUCCUGACUCGUAUUGCCCGGCACUCCUCUUCAUCUGCCACACAGGUGUUGGACUGUCCUCGUCUGAUGGAGACCGUGAUAUCAGAGUUUCUUCCCACCUCUUGGGCGCCACCAUCGUCGCCCCUUCCUCAGUCAGUGUACGGACUUCCACAGACCAGCGCCGUGAAGCUCUUGAGAGUUCUUGCUUCCUCUGGCAGACAUGCGUGUGCCAGACUCUUAAACUCUCUGAGAGUGAGGGAGCGUCUGUCUUGUCUCCUGAGCGCCGAGUUCAGUGAGCUGCUGCUGGAGCCCACAGAGGCUCUCAGGGUCUCCACUGAAGCCUACAGGCUGUGGGCCGUUGCAGCCGGCUAUGGACAGGCCUGUAACUUAUACAUAGACCUGUAUCCGGCUUUAGUGAAGGCGCUACAGUCGGUUCACCGAUCCCUGGACCCGUCGGAUCUGUUGCCGCUGCAGCUUCAGCGGGUUCUGGCUCUGCUCUCUUUACUCACACAGGUCACACACACCGCCGGAUGCCAUCAGGAGCUCCAGGCUGGCAUGGUCAGCUCUCAGGGAGAAGAGUGCCCCCCUCCUCCGCCAGUGUCUUGGGGUCAUGUCACAGGGUUGCACACGUCCUUGCUGGGCCAUUUGAAAGGCUUUGUGAAAGGCCUUGAUAAUCCAGGUCAGAAAGACAGCAGUGUCACUCUCAUACCUGCUUACCUGGUCUACCUAGACGCUUACUAUCAUCAUCUCUCCAGACAGAAUUGCUUUAAGCCAGUGGAGACUCUUCAAGAACUGGAGCAGCUCACAUCGGAGGUUCUCCUCCCGUUGUUUUCUCACCAUGUCGUACAAGACCUGAUGGGAAACCUCAGGUCUUCCUCAGUAGUGUGCACUGUCCAGUCUAGUCGUCGUGGUCCAGAAACCACUCCCAGUCUUCCAGGUUUGGUGUGCUCUGACUGGAGGACUCGCCCAGGCCUUGUUGUCCCAGGUUCCCCCUUCCCUCUUCUCACGGGGCUGAGUCUCCUUCUGCAAACAAUCACAGGCAUCCACAAAGGUCUCAGCUGUAAGUUCAAGGGUCUCCUCUUGUCAGAACCUGUGAUUGUUUACCUUCGUGGUUGCAGUCGGGCCACACCCACCCUGUCUCUCACCGGAGCCUGGCUUCUCCGACACGAACACCAUCUCCUCUACCUGCUGCUCCGGCUGGCAGUCAGACUGGUUCCCAUUGAGCAGGAAGUAGCAAAACAUGCGUCUUUGUACCACCAGGUGGCGCUGGCUCUGCUCACAUGGUUAUUACCAGGCAGUGAGUACCUGGCACAUGAACUGCUCUCCACCGUCGUCUUCAGCAAGGACUUCAUAUCUGAGGGCCACAGUGGAGGACCCGAAGCCAUCGAGCUGGGCGAGCUAAAGCUCCAUGAGACGACACAACACCACACCACUCCCUCUCUCCAGACUGUCGGUUCUCUCUUGAGAGAAGCCUGCGUCCAGCUGCCAUCCAUUCGCGGGUGCUUCCUCACUCAACUGGCCCACCUGGAGUCAGCCGUGCUGCUGUCUCGAGAUGCUCUCCUCGGCCACAACCCCUGGAUCAGCUCCCACCUCCUCCCAGAACUCACUGGGCCCACUCUGCCGUCCGAUUGGCCUUACCUUCCACUCGUCAGCCUGUACACGCGAACCGGGCUUUCCGGCGGUGGCGUGUUAGCCGUGGAAGAGCUGCCUCAGGGAGCUUUGCAGGUGGUGACCCACUGUCUGCAGUGGCUGCUGCUGCUGGAGGUGUGGAGAGAGGAGGCUCUAAAGGUGAUCCCCCCGGUGGCCAAGUUUGCCCGCCUCUCCUGUGUGUUCCUGUGUUCCAGUGACCUGUUCCUGGAGAGACCUGUGCAGAAACUGACCUGGGGUCUGUUCAGACUGCUGACCAGGCAAUCCCGGAUGGACUCUUUGGACCUGAAUGUCCCUCCUCCAGGUUUGGCCUCAUUCCAGGACUUGUACUCAGCCCUUUUGGCUCAGUAUGAAGCUGUGUCAUUUGGAGACUGGCUGUUUGGCUGCUGGGUUCUCCUGCCCCUGCAGAGGAGGUACAGCGCCACCAUGAGGCUGGCAGUGUUUGGGGAACAUGUGGGAAUGCUAAGGUCACUGGGAGUCACUCUGGAGAAGUUGUCCAUCCCGAUUGAGCGGUUUACCUCUCCGCCUGAAGACUCCCUCCCUCUCCUCCACCUCUACUUCCGCUCUUUGGUGACGGGAACCCUGAAGCUGUCUUGGUGUCCCAUCCUGUAUGUGGUCGCCGUGUGUCACGUCAACUCCUUCAUCUUUUCUCAGGAUGCAGCAGCACAGGAGGUUGAAGCAGCUCGACACAGCAUGCUGAGGAAGAUCUACUACCUGACUGAUGAGGUGCUGAAGAACCACAUGCUGCUCUUCCGUCUUCCCCAGCAACAGGCCGACUUUGGCUUUGAUUUGUACGAGCAGUUGCCCGCCAUCCGGGAAAAGCGCUUGCAGACUGUCUUGGGACUGCAGAACAGCGGCGAGGACAAAGGAGACUGAGCGAAGCGGAAUCAAAAGUGGAGUUCUGUGAGCUCAAAACUGAAAAAUGAUUCGAGGUGACAGUGAAGAAGAGGAAGGUAAUGGAAGGGGAGAGAUGAUUGCGAGGUGUGAAUACUGGGAAAGAGAGAAGGUAGGUGAUGGGAGCACGAGUGAGGCCAUUGUUAGAAAUGUUAAGUUGCCUCAUCAUGGUCACAAGAAGAUUUUCUGCGGUGUCUUUGGCACAAAGGAAAUCAAACCUGAGGUCGAUGUGGCUCAACCCUCAAACAAGUUAUCAUUUGCAAACCAUUUUUAGCGCAGAAAUCAUCCAAACCAUCAGGCAAAUGUGUAGUUUAGAACAAAUAAAUCCUUUAGGGUAAACACACUCACGAUGAAUAAAAGCAGCCCGAUCGCCGUGGCUGGUAGUAAUAAAGCAGCAUCUCUGAAAAUGAUCUCAAAGGUUUAUUUCUAAACGGAGUCAAACAUGUUUAACCCUUAGAACACAGAGCGCUCUGGCUGCUUUUUUCCAUUACUAUGUUUAAACAUACACUAUAUACAGAGGAUAUAAGACUUGUGUUUUAUAUCCUUUUCUUUUCCCAGCCCAACCUAGACAAUGUGAUGAAAAAAAGAAAUCUUAUUCACCAACUUUAUAAACACACGUGAGCAAAAAGUACUAAUAAUGUUUAAUAUCGGAUGGAAUUUGUCACAGUUCAAAGUUCACGCGGCUCAUAUAUGAAAAGAAAAACAAUCUAUUUAGUGACUUCUGGACAAUUAUUUCUACUUUAUAUCGCAACUAAAAAUGCAGUAUAAAAUGAAUCAUGUAUUACUCCCACGGCAAAUGACCAUGGACGCUCACGUGAGCACUAAGAGUUAGGCGACAAUGCAGCGGGACGCAAAAUAGUCACGUUUCUGCUCUGAGCCAAAUGGAAGAAAUGUGAUGUUUUUCUUUGUGACACCAGCACUUUUUCUGCCACGCUUUUCGAACCAAACGCAGAAAAGUAAAGGGAAAUACUUCACAUGUGCCUGCAAUUGUCUUUUUUCUUUUAAAUUAAACAGUUUUCAUUUAUAAUGUCA